AUGAAUGAACCAAUAAAUAAUAAAAAUAAAAAUUCUAUAGCGGAGAGCUCGGCUAAACAGAGCUCCAAAUCUUCGGACACUAAGUGUCCAAAUAAGGUACCUACCGCGACUUCCAGUGGUAAUAAGAAGGUGCCUUCAAAUAAUAAUAAACAAAACGUAUCGAUACGCUCCGGACCACAAAUUCGGUCAGGCCCUCCAGGGAGGAGGAGUUACAAGGAACGCCGAGCGGCGACUAGACUGCUCGAAAGAUACGGCAAUAUUUCGGUUACAUCCGAAUCUAUGAAGGCCAGGAUUGCCUGGGCUAAGCAGGUCCUCGAUACCUCGAAGGACAAGCAGGAACCUGCUACGAAGCGACAGCGCUCAUUAGAUGAGUCAGCUUCAAAACCUGAUGCCAAAAAGGCAAAAUUUCGUGGCAACGCCACAAAUGCAAAAUCCUUUAGCGACAUGCUGAAGGGUUCUUUAAUAAUGGGAGUCAUUGAUGAAAAUGACCCGGAUGGCACAAUUACACCUGCUAAGUGGGACUUAAUUGAGCUCAAGCUCCUUGACAUUUAUGUCGAUCUCCUGAAGGACUUUCCUGGAGACGGUCCCACUUGUCGCGAUACUGCAGGCGAUGAUGAGGAUGGACCAUAUCAAGGCAAAUAUUUAGGCAAAUUAAACUCAUAUCACCAUCAAGUAUCCGGUGAUGUUUAUGCUGUCAAUGAGUAUACAUUCUUAUUGAUUGGUUUUAAUUAUGAUGGUAAUGGAGGUGAUACAUUCUUUUGGGCUGGAGCAUCCAAUCGUCCAGGUCCUCAGGGCUUUAUAGUACCAGAUGAAUAUAGCAAGACUAACAUACUUGAUCGUUACCAUAAUAAAGACUUUACACUGACUUUACCAGAUCGUAAAAAAAUUACUGAAAUUAAAUGGCUUGCAAUUUACGAUCUUAAUACUCAAAAUAAUUUUGGUGAUGUCUAUAUACCAGAAGAAUUUGAGCCACCACGUUCUCAAGAUGGUGGUACAUUAUCACGCCGUAGUCAUAAUGUUAGUAGCAGUGGUAUUGAGAUAUUAGAUUCUAAAACAAUACGUAUCAAAGACUUUAACUAUGAUGGUUUGGGUAAGCGUACAUUUUUUUGGGCGGGAGUAGGCGCACAACCAUCAAGUCGUGGUAGUAAAAUACCAGAUGAAAUGGGCUACUUGGAUCCUAUACGGAAAUAUAUUAAAGAAACUAUAACAAUUGAAUUGCCUGGUGACAAAACUAUAUUUGACAUAGACUGGAUAAGCAUUUAUGAUUUAGCUGACAAUGAAAACUAUGGUCAUGUACUGAUAACAGAUAAUUUGAAUGUACCACCUUCUUUGGUCAAAAUAACACCUUAUGAAUUUUCGCUGCCAAAUUGUCGACAAUUACAUAAAAAUCUUCAAGUUUCGUGGGAAGUUUUUGGACCACAAAUUACGUUACAACUAUCAGGGCAGGUAGAGAAAAAUGAUUAUAUGUCGUUUGGUAUAUCUGGUUCGGAGAGCUCUAGUCAAAUGAUAGGCGCUGAUGUAGUUGUGGCAUAUAUUGAUGAUAUACGUGGUUAUUCGGUGGAUUAUAAUAUAACCUCUUUAGCACCUUGCGUACAAGUUCUGGGACAAAACAAAGGCGUAUGUCGGGAUGACGUUGUUGGUGGCUUGGAUAGUUUUCAAUUAAAUACUUACAGUCGUAAAGAUGGAAUCAAUACAAUUACUUUCCGUAGAACUUUGAUUUCAUCUGAUUCUGGAGAUAAGGAAAUACGUCUGGAUAAAAGCAAUUACGUUGUGUGGGCUCUUGGACAGUUGGAUUCUAAUAAUGAACCAGCUUAUCAUAACAUUUAUCCAAAGAGUGAUAUAUUAAUUGAUUUUAAUACAACUGAACCGGUUAACGAUUGCUUUAGUUUUACAAAACGGGCGGAUAGUCCAGUACAAGUGUGGGAGAAAGUGCGAAUACAAGAUCCCACGAUUCGUACUUUUAAUGCAUAUUUGGGACCUUCCGGUGCUUUGCGAGGUUAUCAAGGUCUUACUGGUCAUGUUUCCAGCGGUUUAGCUUGGUAUAUAAAUGGUUAUAUGAUACCAGAAUUAUAUUUAAAACGUGGCUUAACAUAUUUCUUUAAGGUAAAGGGUGGCAAUAAUCCACAUUCUCCAGAACAUUAUCAACCAUUGAUAAUAACAGACGAACCACACGGUGGUUAUGAUCGACUUAGUGAUGCAAAACAAAGUGAGAUACGAGUUUUAGCUGGUGUUGAAUUUACGCGUAGAGGUCGUCCAAAGCCGACAGCAGCUGGACCACUAUGUUUGUCGAAGUAUCCACUCAAUUACGAUCGUCGCUUAGAUGAUAAUUUUCCAAGUUUUAAAAAAUUCAAUCGUUCCUUGAUUUCUGUUUGUAGCAGUGAAGAUCCUGCUUUACUAGAAAUCACUCCGAACAUAACAUGGCCGGAUACAGUAUACUAUAAUAGCUUUACCCAUGCAAAUAUGGGUUGGAAAAUACAUAUUGUCGACAGUUACACUAAUCUGCGUAAUAGUGGUAACAGUAGAGUCUUCAAAUUAGCAAGUAAUUAUUAUAUGCAUAUUCUGACAUAUACUGCAUUAAUGCUAUUUGCAAUUUAUGGAUUAGCUCCUAAUCGUGUGAUUAUAACAUAAAUUCCUGCCUGUAGUUUAUUUAAGUGUAAUUAGCAAUAUAUUUCUAAGUGUAUAUCGUAAACGACUGAAGUCAUACAUGUCCAAAUAAAUUACUCAUACUAAUAAUUUAAAC